AUGAAGUUCUCCAUUUUCACCUUCGUCACCCUCUUUGCUGCCCUCGCGGCCGCGGCUCCCGCUCCCGAAGCUGAGCUCGUUGCCAGACAGUGCUCUUGCCACAAGGUCGGCGGAGAGUGGAUUUGCAGCGGCAGGCUGUGCCCCAAGGACUUUAUCCCUACGCCUGCCAUGACCAAGAGGGGCGUCGAGAUCGAGGCUCGCGGCUGCAGCUGUAAACCUAUCGGCAACGGCGAAUAUCUCUGCACUGGAACCAGUUGUCCUUAA